AAAAACCAUCCACGAAGUAUUAGUGUGAGACUGAGCGCCAUGUUUAGUUCUCGUUUGCUAAAGUCGCCGCAUAUCUUUCGUCCAAGUCGCAGCAUUUCCUCGCUGUACAGACCCGCGAAACAGUGCUGCGGGCUUCAUAAAAAUGCCGCCUUGUAUGCUUUAGUAGCCAAUUCUCAAUCAGCCACCUCAAUUCGUGUAGUUACGGCAUUUUUUCCUCGUGGCUUUGCAACAUGUCAAAGCUUUUUCUAUCCGAGAGGAUCCAAAAAUAACAACUCAAGUGACAAUCCAGAAAGCAGCUCUAGCGGCAAUGAUGACCAUGAUGAUGAUGGUAAAGGUCGUGAUAACGAUGAACCUGAUGCCGUCAUUGAGGAUAAGACCGGGGUGCAUAUCCCUGAUCCAUCCCAAGGGAUCGUGGCACAAGUUGUUGUCCCAGAAGUGUUCCCUGAAGUCCCAUUAAUUCCUGUUCACCGCAAUCCUGUGUUCCCUCGCUUUGUCAAGAUGUUAGAGAUAAAUGACAAGUCAUUAAUGGAUUUGGUUAGACUGAAGUGCCGCCUGGCGCAGCCGUAUGCAGGUGCAUUUCUAAAGAAAGAAGAUAGUAAUGAGGCAGAAGUUGUCUCAAGUCUGGAUGAUGUUUAUAAGGUGGGAGCAUUUGUGCAGAUCACCGAAAUGCAUGACAUGGGAAACAAGAUGAGGAUGGUCAUUCUUGGGCAUCGCAGGAUUCAGAUAACAGGUGUUGCAGAAGACCCACAGCAUGUCGAGGCAGCUGAAAAGCCUGACAAGGACACGCCCAACACCCCCCCAGAUGAACCCACCCUUGAUGUCAAUGGCAAUGAAGGGGAUGGGUUGGUAGAGCCAAAAAGGUUUGAUCUCAAUCCAAUCCUCAUGGUACGGGUGGAGAAUGUCUUGCACCAGCCUUUCAAGAGAACACAAGAAGUCAAAGCAUUAGCUGCAGAAGCCAUAAAGACAAUUAGGGAUAUCAUCUCGUUGAACCCACUCUACAAAGAGUUCUUGUCGCAACUGAUAGAGGGUGGCAAGAAAGUGGUGGACAACCCAUCCCAUCUGGCUGACUUUGGGGCGGCUCUUACAAGUGCAGAAUCAAACCAGUUACAGGAGAUCUUGGAAGAGACAAACAUCCCAAUCAGACUUCGCAUGACACUGGAGCUCUUAAAGAAAGAGUUAGCUGUCUGUCUGCUGCAGCAACAGCUGGGCAAAGAGGUGGAGGAGAAAGUCAGCAAGCAACAAAAGAAGUACCUCCUUCAAGAGCAGUUGAAGAUCAUCAAGAGAGAAUUAGGCCUGGAGAAAGAUGACAAAGACGCUGUUGGUGAGAAGUUCAGGGAGAGGCUCAAGGGAUUGCAUGUCCCAGCACACGCAAUGGAGGUGAUUGAGGAAGAACUCGGCAAGCUGUCUUUCCUUGAUGCCCACUCAUCUGAGUUCAAUGUAACCAGAAACUAUUUGGACUGGCUGACCAGUGUGCCCUGGGGAAUGUAUAGUGAGGAAAACCUGGACAUUGAAAGAGCUCGCACGGUACUUGACGAAGACCAUUAUGGCCUUCAGGAUAUCAAGGAUAGAAUUCUGGAAUUCAUUGCUGUCAGCCAACUGAACCGAAGUACACAAGGAAAGAUUCUGUGUUUUACUGGACCGCCAGGUGUUGGUAAAACAAGCAUAGCAAAGUCUAUUGCACGUGCCCUGAAUAGAGAGUAUUUCCGGUUCAGUGUUGGAGGAAUGACAGACGUGGCUGAGAUCAAAGGUCACAGAAGGACAUACAUCGGAGCAAUGCCAGGGAAGAUCAUUCAGUGUCUGAAAAAAACGAAGACAGAAAACCCUUUGAUCCUGAUUGAUGAGGUUGAUAAGAUUGGUCGAGGUGUGCAAGGUGAUCCAGCCUCUGCACUUCUUGAGCUGCUUGAUCCAGAACAGAAUGCAGGAUUCCUGGACCACUACCUGGACGUACCAGUUGACAUGUCCAAGGUCCUGUUCAUCUGUACAGCAAAUGUGACAGACACUAUACCAGGCCCUCUCAAGGAUCGCAUGGAGAUGAUGAAUGUUUCGGGAUACGUGGAGGAUGAGAAAAAAGCUAUCGCUAAGGCAUAUCUCAUCCCUCAAGCGCGCCAGAAAACAGGGAUCAAAGAAGAGCAAGUGGACCUCCAGGAUAGCUCCUUAGAAGUACUGAUUAAGUCAUAUUGCCGCGAGAGUGGAGUCAGGAAUUUACAGAAACACAUAGACAAGAUUUUCCGCAAAGCUGCUUUGAAGAUCUUCCAAGGCACAGAAGCCAUUGCGGUUACCCCAGACGCUCUGAAGGACUUCGUUGGGAACCCUGUUUUUAAUACAGAUCGUAUCUAUGAUCAAACCCCACCGGGGGUGGUCAUGGGACUAGCCUGGACCUCAAUGGGGGGCUCCACCCUUUACAUCGAGACAUCAAUCAGUGAAGCCCCUGAUGACAAAAAGUCAGGCUCACUUAGCAUGACAGGUCAGCUGGGUGAUGUGAUGAAGGAGAGUGCCCAGAUUGCAUAUACAUUUUCAAAGGGUUUCCUGGCUAAGCGAAAUCCUGAAAACAAGUUCUUUAACACAACACCAAUCCAUCUCCAUGUUCCAGAGGGGGCAACUCCCAAAGAUGGCCCAUCUGCUGGCUCUACUAUUGUCACUGCUCUGCUCUCCCUGGCUAUGGAUAAACCUGUGCGACAGAAUGUAGCCAUGACAGGCGAAUUGUCACUCACUGGAAAGGUUUUACCUGUUGGAGGAAUUAAAGAGAAAAUUAUUGCGGCCCGUCGUGCUGGAGUGAACUGUGUUGUUGUCCCAGAGGGAAGCCGUCGAGAGUUUAAUGACUUGCCCGACUUUGUAAAGGAAGGCAUUGAUAUCCACUUUGUAUCGCACUACGAGGAUAUUUUUAACAUUGUUUUCGACUCCUGACAGUGACUGGGAAUAGAUAACAUAACAAAAGGAAUUCACUCCCAGCUAUCUAACUACAAAAGAGUGUUUGGUGCUAUCUUCCAAGCAGUUAUUAGUAGUAUUUUUCUAAUAUAGAUAGGACUAAAAAAUACCCUAAUUGAUAUUUAAAACCGUUUUCCAUUGAAUAAAUGGCAAAACAUCUGUUACUGUAAAGGGAGUAAAAUUAUAAAAUAUAUUUGGAGUGCUUUUUUCAUCCGUGAUACCCAAACAAUUGAGGAAUCAAAGUAAGAUGGAAAUUACUUAGGCAAUUAACACUGUGUUGUCUGAAAAGAGUCUAAGGAUGCUGCAGACAGUUGUAUUGGUAUACUUAAAUAUACUUAAAUACUUUAAUAGAUUUCGCUAAUGUCUAAUUUAGCUUUCGCUAAUGUCUAAUUUAGCUUUCGCUAAUGUUUAAUUUAGCUUUCGCUAAUGUCUAAGCAGCAGAUCCCUCAUCUUUUCAGAUGGAUCAAAUGACUAUAUAUAUUUUUAAAUUAUAAGAUGGACAAGUUAAAAUCUUCCAAUGAGCAACUAGUACAAAAGAUUUUGGUUUUGCAGUCUUUUAUUAAAUAUACUCCAUGGUUUCA